AUGGAAGUGCCUCAUUUAAAUAUUUCAAUUGAAGAAAAUUCAUUGAUUCAAGGUGCUAAGGAUAUUUUGUCAAUACUCAGACCAAAAUGGGAUUUAUCUGAUAUAAGGUUUAAGGUUUUUACAACAGGACACACUAAUAAACUUCUCGGAUGUUUUCAUUCAAAAAAUGAAAAUGAAGUUUUACUCAUACGAGUAUAUGGAAAUAAAACUGAUUUGCUCAUCGAUAGAAAUAAGGAAACUGAAAACAUAAAAUUUCUAUGUUUACAUGGUUUGGCUCCUCUUUUGUAUGGUACUUUUACUAAUGGGAUAGUUUAUGAAUAUACAGUUGGUGAUACUUUAAAUACAGUUACAUGUCGAUUGGAAAAUGUAUACACAUUAGUCGCUCAAAAAUUAGCCGAUUUGCAUUCUGUAAAAACAUCUACGAAUGAUAAAGAGCCAGCAUUAUGGAAUAUUAUUGAAAAAUUUUUAAUGCACAUACCUGAAAAGUUUUCAGACAAUUUAAAAGAAAAAAGGUUUCAAGAUUCAAUAUUGAAAAGAUCAAAUUUUAUGAAAGAAUUUAAUUUUUUAAAAGAAAACCUCAAUUCUUUAAAUGAUUCCAUUGUUUUUUGCCAUAACGAUCUCUUGCUCAGUAAUAUAAUACACAAUUUGAAAAAAAAUUCAGUUACAUUUAUCGAUUAUGAAUAUGCUGAUUGUAAUUAUCAAUCCUUCGACAUUGCCAAUCAUUUUAAUGAAUUUGCAGAUAUGGACAACGUUGACUAUUCGUUGUUUCCAAACGAACCGUUUCAAAAGAAUUGGAUUCGAAUUUAUCUUUUGAAAUAUAUAAAAAAUAAAAAAAAAAUUGAAAACGUCGAGGUAAACGAUGAGGAAAUCGAAUCCAUGUUUUUAAAAGUCAAAAAAUUUACUUUAGCUAGUCAUUUUUUAUGGGGACUUUGGUCACUCAUUCAAGCCGAACAUUCAUCGAUUCAAUUCGAUUAUUUAAAUUAUGCAUUUAUUAGAUUUACUGAAUAUUAUAAGAAAAAAAAAGAAAUAUUUAAUAAAGAAACUACUAAAAGAAAAAUAAUUAAUUUUAUUAAAAAAUUUAAUGAACUACAAAUUAAAACGAAUUCAAUAUUACCUCAAAAAUAUUUUUGA